AUGAAGCAUCAUCAAUUUGUGGACGGUUUAUUGCGCUGGGUUACAAAAGUCAUAAAACUGGCCAGUCAAGGAUGGGGCGAUAAUGAUCCACCAUUCCUCAUAGCAGUGCACCAAGAAGAUGAAGACAUGGUCGAUCUCCUUCUCCGUACAGGUCAAAUUGAUAUCAGAAUCAGAAACGAAGACGGUUACACUCCACUCUUAAUCGCCGUGGAGCUUAGGGACCUUGGUAUCGUCAAGCUACUGCUUGAAAAAGAAAUGAUUGGUGGUAGUCAGGAGGAUUUGGAGAAGAUAGCAUUCUCUUCUGUAAAGUCUAUCGUGGAUGAGUACCAUGAGUACUAUUAUACGCCUCAGGCUGAUUUCAGUUCUGGAAUGAUGCUUCUAAGGGACGAAAAGGAGAAGUUUCUUUGGUGGGCUGUAAAAGGUGAGAGGUUAAAGAUGAUUGAACUCAUUCUUGACGAGAGCAUGGUUGAUACCAAUCGGACGCUUCAAGGACAAACGUCACUCAUGUGGGCUAUUAAGAAGAGGAAAGAGGACAUUUUGAAGGCUUUUCUCAGCAAUUUGAGAGUUGAUCUACAUUUCGCCGACAAACUGGGACGAACGGCCCUUUCGUGGGCUCUGGACUAUAGCAAGGAUAGAAUGGUUCUGCUACUGCUAAGUGGGAGAGGGUUCUCUAUCCAAAGAGAAAGCAGCAACACUUCACGAAAAUUGUUUUGGUGGGCUAUCGGAAGGGGCAAUAGUGGUGUGAUCGAUAUGCUUCACGAAUCUGGUAAGUACGAUAUCAAUACGAGAGAUCUUUCAGGGAAGACGCCGUUCCACUAUACUGCUGAGACGUGUGCUGAGGAGGCCCUGAGGGUGCUUCUUGGGACAGGUAGGGCUGAUGAACAGGCGGUUGAUAAAUGGGGUGACACAGCACUUUCGAUAGCUAUGAGGAGGGGCUACAGAACCAUAAUGGAUCUACUGUCGGCUUACAAUCAUCGGAGCAAUGAAAUUACCACCAGAGCCGCAGACUAG